CUCUACGCACUCCGCCCCAUUGAGAAGCGUUUCCGCCAAGAUGGUUGUCGGUGCCUUCCCUAUCGCCAAGCUCCUCUACCUCGGAGUGAGGCAGAUGAGCAAGCCUGUGGCUAACCGGAUAAAAGCUGGAGCCCGGAGGAGCGAGUUCUUUAAAACUUACAUUUGCCUGCCGCCGGCACAGCUUUAUCACUGGAUUGAGAUGAGAACAAAGAUGCGGAUCAUGGGCUUCAGGGGAGCCACCAUUAAGCCGCUGAACGAGGAAGCGGCAGCAGAGCUGGGCGCCGAGUUACUGGGGGAGGCAAUCAUCUUCCUCAUUGGUGGUGGAUGCAUGGUGUUAGAGUACAGCAGGCAGGCGGCUAACUCUCGCCGUAAAGAGGAAGAGCUGAACGAGACCCUCAUAAGCCUACAGACGCAACUAGCAGAAUUAUCCCUAACGACAGAGACUCUAAGUGCGCAGCUGAGAGAGGUCAACAGGCAAAUGCUGUCAUUUCCUGUUCCCACCAAAAAGUAACAAAUUUAGUUGUUUGCUAUACAGCAAGGCACAAUGUCGGGUUGUGGGAUGAAGGAGUGAGUGCAGGUGUAUAUGUACAGCCUCAUAGCUUUGAGCUGGGUGGAAGAGGUUGAUAUAAGUAUAUCACUGCAAUGCGGAUUUGGGUGCUAUUAUUUGCUCGUGUUGUGAGCAACUAGUUGUAAAAAAAGGAAUUGCUAUGAUAUUCAUAGUGAAUUUCACUGGCUGACCUUGCAUGUUCAUUGUAAAGUUGACUGAGUGUAUAUAAAGACUUACAGUACAAUAAAGUGGUGACCUUGAAGUUGAUAUAUGCAUAUAUAUUUUUAACAGCUUCAGCAUAUUCCUUUCUUUGUAAUUCAGUGAUCCUCGUAGACCUUAAUCACUUUGGAAAUACUGAAUUAUAUGAUUUUUUUAAUACUAAUUAUGAGUUACUAUUAAUGGAAAAAAUUAUAAACAACCAAAAAACAAAACCAGCUCAUAUCACUGGAUAGUUUUUGAGAGAAUCUCCCCCUGUACUGUCUAUAAAAUUCCAUGUUGUAAUUGCUGGUUUGUAAUUGGAUGUAUGGUGACAAUUGGAAAAAAAUAUUUGAAAUAAAAUGAUAUGU